AUGAAAAAGCAAUCAAUAUUUAAGAAAGAAGAUACAUUAUUAGUAAUUCAGCCGCUGUUUAAUGAGAAUGAAUUGAAUCCAUGGUGGCAUUACAAAAAGUAUUCUCAAUCUGAAAUUGAAAAGAUUAACUAGUAUUUUACCUCAAAUAAUGAUUUUUUAUCUAAAGAUUUGGGAGAUAAUGUCAAAUUAAAUAUGAAGGCAUUAGCAAAAAAAAUAGGAGUUCUCCUUCCUCCUAUUUUUGCUUAGGAAGACUCUUAGUAGAUAGAUAGGGAAGUAAAUGAUAAUAGUGUUUCUUUAGAUAUAAUUAAAACAGAACCAAAUGAAGUUGAUAACAACUUGAAGUUUUUUAUAUUGAACAGCUAAAAGUUAGAUUAUGUAACAAUUAAAAUGCUAAACAUUGCAUUACUUGGCGCAAAGAUAAAAGUAUUAAGGAUAAAUAAUAAUGUAUUUGAUAUGAACACUUUAAAUGAGCUGAUUAAGCUAAUUUAAGUCAAUAAAAUAGUUAAGCUUUUUUUUGAUUGGAAUGACAUUGAAGAUUGUUAAAACAAAGAAUACUUUUAUGAAGUUUUAUUUAGUAGAUGUGUGGAUUUGGAAUUAGUCACUUUAAGGAACUAGAAUAUAAAUGAUCAAAUGUUAAAAAAAAUAUGCAGUACUAUUCUUGAAAAUAAUUCUACCUUAAAAGUAAAAGUUUUAGAUUUCUUCUAAAAUUAAAUCACUAAUGCAAGUCUUGAGAGUCUUUUUACUCUACUCUCUUCAUAUACAAACAUAUAAUAUUUAGGUCUAGGAGCUAAUCAUUUAAGCUAAUUGACUCCUUUGAUAAACAGGAUUGGUAAGAAGGUUUUAAGUUCAGAAGAACUUUAAGAAUAUAGAAGAAAAGAAUAAGAAAGAGAUGCAAUAAUUUAGAGGAAUUUAAAAUAAAAAGGCAAGAAUCAAGAAGAAGUUCCAGUUUUAGAUGUUGUAAAAGAUAUAGGAUAAGAUAAAUUUGCUUAUUUUUACAAUGAAUAGCUUUAACACUUGAAUUUAAUACAAAAUGAAUACUCAGAAUAAGACAAAGAUAUUUUAGAAUAAUUUUUAGCAAAUGCUUUAGAUGGUUUUACACUUAGCAUAUCAGCCAAUAAUUUUGAGAAAAAAACAAUAGAUCGCUUUAAGAAAAAGUUUGGACAAAAGAUUUAAUUUUAUUGA